CCCACAGUUGAAUUGAACCCCUAAUUACAAUUGACACUCAUGUUAUGAAUUGUUGAUAUAUCUUCAGUCUUUCUUUAAUUUCUUGUAUAAAUUCAAACUUCUUAUUCACUCGCUCACUUACACACCUUUCCUAUACCUCGUUCCCUACCGCCACAGAACUCUCGACUCCAUGACAUAAUAGGGCAAUGAGUAUCUUCUCAUUUGUGCGGAGCAUUUAUGCUCUAGAUACCAUCGAUACCCGCUUCACGAAUGCUUCCUCGACACCAUACCAAGUAGAUCCUGCUGCUGCGAAGUCAAAACGUGAUGAUUCAAAACCCGGCGAGGGAGUACGGACAGACAGUAAUGGCAGACCACUUGCUCAACCAUCAAGAUGGAAUACCUGGGAAUUCUAUUUUUAUUACUUCAUCUUUUCGACGGUUGUGCCAUACAUGUUCUGGAUCGCCUAUGAUGUAUCUAGACGUCAGUAUUGGACUUACUCGUGAAAAAUACAAUCUGACAGAAAUCCAGCGUCGGACCCUAACUACCAUAAAUACAAGCACCUUCUUUCCGAUGGCUGGAUCCCUGGGCGCAAGAUUGUAUGUGAAUAUAUUAAAAAGAUGGCUUAACAGAUGCUAAUCCACUGUAGGAUAUUUCGGAUGCACAAUAUUACAAUUUCCGAACCAAUGUACCGUACCUUGCCAUUCUCGUCGUUUUUCACCCUAUCCUUAGACGCUUUUAUGAGUAUCUCAAGCCGAUCUCUACUCGAGUAGGAUCUCCGAAACUGAACGGCAAUAAUACAUACAUAUCCGUGGCAGAAGGUAAUGCGAGGCUUGAGCAACGAGUUAGAUUCGAUUUCAUUUUCGCAUUCAUAUACCUCUUGGCCUUGCAUGGCUUUUCGGCCUUCAAAGUCAUCAUAAUAGUCUACACCAACUACUGUCUAGCGACCAGACUUCCUCGCAAAUUUGUUCCUGUAGCAACAUGGGUUUUCAAUAUCGGAAUAUUGUUUGCAAACGAGCUCUCAGACGGCUACAGGUUUACAUCUGUAGCACAAUAUGUGUCUCCUAAGAAUGGAGCUGGAUUUCGAAAUGGAGCUUCCCUGCAUAGCUGGGCAGAGUGGAUGGAUAGCUAUUCGGGUAUUAUUCCUCGAUGGGAAAUUUUGUUUAAUCUUACUGUCUUGAGGUUGAUCAGUUUUAAUUUGGAUUAUUACUGGAGUCAAGAGAAGGGAGCUGGAAGCGCAUUAGAGGUAGGCCAUAAGCAAAGAGUCGUAUGCUCCAUCUAAUACUAAUGCGCAAAAGAAGAAACAACUCGACCCUGCCAAUCUUUCCGAACGAGAUCGCGUUUCAAUAUCUGCGGCGGAUAAGGAUUACAAUUAUCGAAACUACUUCGCAUACGCGAUUUAUGCUCCUUUAUAUUUAGCAGGACCGAUCUUCACGUUCAAUGAUUACAUUAGUCAGUCGAAAUAUCGCCCUGCUAGCAUAGAGAGUAAACGAACCUUUAAGUACGGCAUUCGUUUCCUGCUCUGUCUUUUGGCAAUCGAACUUCUUCUUCAUUUCGACUAUUGUGUGGCAAUCUCCAAAGCCAAUCCUAACUGGUCCGAUUACACUCCAGCUCAACUCAGUUUACUAUCAUACUUCAAUCUCCAUGUAUUGUGGCUGAAGCUUCUUUUACCAUGGCGAUUCUUCAGGCUUUGGUCCCUUAUUGAUGGAAUUGACCCCCCUGAGAACAUGCUUCGCUGCCUCUCCGAUAAUCCAUCUACUGUUCAAUUUUGGCGAAGCUGGCAUCGCAGUUAUAAUCGCUGGAUCAUCCGCUACAUUUAUAUUCCCAUGGGUGGUUCAUCUUCUCGGAACUGGAAAGCACAACUUCGAUCGAUUGUCAAUUAUCUUGUAGUUUUCACAUUUGUAGCACUAUGGCAUGAUAUAAGCCUCAACUUACUUGUAUGGGGUUGGCUGAUCGUUUUCUUUAUGCUACCGGAAGUUAUUGCUGGCAUGCUCUUCCCACGAAAGAAAUGGCUCAAUGAUCUUACAUACUACAGAGUACUCUGUGGUAUUGGUGCUGUGGCGAAUUUGAUGUUUAUGAUGAUAGCGAACUUGGUAGGGUUUGCUGUUGGAGUGGAUGGGUUGAAGAGUAUUAUUUCAGGCAUUUUUAAAGAUUUUUCGGGUAUGUUCUAUUCAACAGUGACACAGAAUAUCCAGACUAAUUUCAAAACAGGAAUCGUUUUUCUCAUUACGGCUUGGGGGGCACUUUUCGUGGGUUGUCAGGUUAUGUUUGAAGUGAGGGAGAGUGAACAUAGAAAAGGCAUUUACCUAAGAUGUUAGAAUUACAUACAAUUCUAAAAUCGAUAAGUCCAUAGAGAGAUUAAAUCUUACAGAUUUUGGUUAUUAAUUUUGAUAACGAAUUUCUUUUUUUUUUUCCAAAAAAGAAAAAGAGCCUAAUGAUAUAGUUGAGAAUUAUAAAACUUGAACAACGAAACGGGAAGCUUGGAACUCAUCGACUACAAUCUUCAAAACGUGGAUGAAUCUCGCUGUCACGGGCUGGUAUUUUAUAUGCAGUUCUUAUUUUGAGUCUUGAUGUCUUGAUGUCUUUGUUGGAGUUGGAGGAUGCUUGGGUUAGAUUGAUAGUAUGUGAGAGUGUAUGUGGAGAGUGGUGGAUUUGGAUUGGAGUAGGUAAGUUUAUAAAUUGGCACGGCCAUCAGCUUGUUGAUCAAUGGGGAAUUCGCUCUCACGUCGCGGUUACCUAAUUGCUGUUUGUGGACUGUGGAGACAGAGGGGAUAAGUAGCUGUUUUGCGGCGAGAAGGGACUCAAAGAUGGGUUUUGGAUUUGUUGAGCUUCGGGUUUCUUUGGUUGGGGUGCGAGGAUGAGAAUAAUGGGUGGCAUGGAUAGAUAGAUAUUAAGAGGUCAGCGGUGUUUUUUGGGAUGGGAAUAUGGGGAUCGUUGUGGGAGAUGCUAAGUGGUGUGGAGACUGGAGUGUUGUUGGU